CAGUUUUUCUGUAGCCUGCCAAACAUAUUGAUUUUGAAAAACAAUAAAAACUCGAGAAUAAAAAGAAACGGGUACCCAAAUUUUAGUGGGAAAUCAAGAUGUAUGAGCUCUGCAAAUUUGAUUGAAAAAUAUAUUUUCCCGUCUCUGCUGGAAAGAUUUCAGUUUCGUUUGAAAACAAUCUCAAUUGUUUUACUGCAUUCGACACAAAACCCCCAUUGUUGUCUCAAUUUCAUUGGGCUUUGCAGAAUCAUCAGAUCUUUUUCUCCAAACAAUCCUCUAAAUUGGGGUUUUGAUUCUGUUCCUGGGAUUCAAAUUGCAGGUGCAUAAGAUGAUAUGUUGCAUUUUGGUUGCAGGUGCAAUUUGUGUCAAAUGCAUUGAGAAGCCUAACAAUUUGCCUUUCCUUUGAGCAAAUUUGUUAGGAAUGGGGCAUAUACUGUAUAUUCUUGUUGCAUUUCCCUGCAUGGUUGGGGCUAUUGCUUUAGCGAUUUACCAUAUAUACAUGCACUUGUUGAACUACACCGAGCCUACUUAUCAGAGAUACAUUGUCCGCAUCAUCUUCAUGGUUCCUGUUUAUGCAUUGAUGUCUUUCCUGUCCCUAGUUGUAACUGAGAGCGCCACUAUCUAUUUUAAUUCCAUUCGUGAAAUAUAUGAAGCCUGGGUCAUUUAUAAUUUCCUUUCCUUGUGCCUGGAUUGGGUAGGUGGUCCAGGAGCUGUUGUUUUAAGUCUAACUGGUCGUGUUCUGAAGCCAAAUUGGUGUUUAAUGACCUGCUGCUUUCUUCCGAUUCCACUUGAUGGGCGUUUUAUACGAAGGUGCAAACAAGGGUGUUUGCAGUUUGUCUUUCUCAAGCCUAUCCUAGUUGUCGUUACAAUCAUACUCUAUGAGAAAGGAAAAUACCAUGAUGGGAAUUUCAGUGCAAAACAAUCUUACCUUUAUCUCACCAUUAUCUAUACAUGUUCCUACUCUGCAGCGUUGUAUGCUCUGUACCUGUUUUACGUUGCAUGCAGGGAUCUGCUCCAGCCAUUUAAUCCUGUACCGAAGUUCAUCAUCAUUAAAUCUGUCGUCUUCUUGACUUAUUGGCAGGGUGUUAUAGUUUUUUUGGCAGCAAGGACCGGUUACAUAAAAGAUACAGAGGAAGCUGCUGAAUUUCAGAAUUUUAUACUCUGUGUUGAGAUGCUUCUGGCAGCUAUGGGUCAUUAUUUUGCAUUUCCAUACAAGGAGUAUGCUGGGGCAAAUAUUGGCAGUUCUCGUAAUUUUAAAGAAAGCUUAGCACAUGCUCUCAUGAUAAAUGACUUAUACCAUGACACUGUCCAUCAGUUUGCACCUACUUACCAUGACUAUGUACUCUACAACCACCAUGAUGGUGAUGUGGGAUCAACAAGGUACCGCACGCGGACCUUUGUCCCAACUGGACAAGAGAUGGAUAUGGUAAGAAAGAGAAACAUUGAUUCACAGCAAACUAGUGGUGGUUCUGGCCCAAACAGUCCCCUUCACCAGAGUGCUACACGUGAUACUUCAAAAUCAGAGGCAAUGAACAGCUCCUUGCUCAUGGAAAGUAGUUCUAUCUCCAUGCCUUAUGAAGUGUCACUGAUUGACCUAGACAUCCCCAGUUACUCUGCAAAGGUACCUCCAUCUAAUUACACUGGAACAAGGUGACAAGAACAUGAACCAAUUCACUGAUUUAACUAUACAUCUUGAAUGUUAUAUCCUGUGCGAAAGAAAAGGCCUGCAAUAUCCACUGCAAAAAGAAUUGAACAGUUGUCCUCGGGGUACUUAUAGUUUUCUGAGUUUCUUAGUUCUAGCUCUUUUGGAUAAAACGGUUAGUUUGAUAUCGAUUAGCCUGAUAUUGUCAUUAGCUUGUACAUUUAGGGUACUAGUUUUUCCUAACAUUGGUCAGCAGUUGCAAAAGAGAGAGAUUGAUUAACAAUUACUGGCAUGGGUUUUUUCACCCUUACAUAAAUCAGCUCACUUUUAAAUGCCCAUGCAUGGGGCUUUUUUCUGCGCUUA